AUGGCGCAUCAAGAUACUGCAAGUCCCAAUCGCACGCAGAAGAAACGAGCGAGAACGGGUUGUUUGAGAUGUCGCACUCGGCGUCGAAAAUGUGAUGAACACAAGCCUCGUUGCCAACGCUGCGUUGAUGCUGAAGCAGAAUGUGUCUAUGGACCACGACUAUCUUUCCUGCAGAAGAACGCCUUUACCUUAUCUUCUAACAAUCGAAAUGAACCCUCACCUAGAAAGCCUGGAGGUGUUCCAAAAUACUCCAAAGUCCAGUUUGUAGAUAAUGGACACGCCCAUCAGAAAGAUAUUGGCCGAAAUGCCGAAUCACAAGUUUCAAUUUCUUCCCCUCUCUCUGCUGAGAGAGAAAGCAGCGACACAUAUGGCUCGCCUUCGAAGAGUGGCACCGCGGCGACCCCAAACACAUCCAUUGGGGAGCAGCAGCCAUGUAUUUACUUGGAUUCUGAUAGCCUCUAUCACGAAUUCAGCGGAAACACUGAAAAAGAUCAACAUGUACAAGCGCAACAUGAGGCUUCGUCUCAUCUUAGUGAAGAACACCCGGAUCAAGAUAUGGGAAUAAGACAAGGCGACAGUUACGAGAUUGCGCUGGAUGUGUUAAUGUCUCUUGGAACGGGGGAUGCAGGUGGUGUGGAUGCACUUACACCCCUGGCUCCCAUUCUCGGCGGUAUUGAAGAACCCAAUUUAUCAUGGCCACCAUCGAUAUUGCAGAGUAUCGACGAUCUUGGACCAGUGAGCGUUCUUAUCGCAAAUCAACUCUCCUUGGGGCGAACGAUUGAACUUCUGAGGCAUUACAGAUAUAAAAUCGCACCAUGGCUGGAUAUGUGCGAUAUGAGACAGACCUUUGGUCUCGUUGUUCCACAUCUCGCAACGAGAUCUGACAUGUUAUUCGAUGCACUCUUGAAGUUAUGCGCUACUUCAUACGAAGCUAGCCUUCACUCCCUGAUGUUAACUGACAGUCCGACAAGUCACUCAAGUCAUCUCACAUUCCCUAUUGAGUAUCAUCUUGAGCAUGCGAAGAUGUGGGAAGUCAAACUCUGGUCUGUAUUAACGGUCGCAGAGGGAUUUCUUAUCGACCCUCCUCAAUCAUGGGAAGAUGCACUGGUAAAGAAUAAUUUCCUGCAGAUGGUCUAUAACCAAAGGGCAGAGAAUAGUCCGCUCAGAGCACUGAACGAGCGCAUGCUAUGGUUGCUUGCGAGAUUGAGUGUCGCUGUCGCUUUGUUCAAAGAAACCGCUUCCACCGUCAAUAGUAGUCUCUUGCGAACUCUACUUGGGAACUCCUCUGAGGGAGGACGCAAAUCUGAGCACAUUGACCUCCAAUUCGCACAUGAACCUCUUGUUCUAUGUACUAAAGUGCUCGAAUUCUCCUUUGGAGAUGAAGAGACAACCACAAGCGUCAAUUCCGUAUCGCCAAGACCUCGGGCAGUUCGCUGGAAGUCCAUUGUUGACAAUCUCAAUGACUGGUAUACAAAUAGGCCAUCCACAUUUCGUCCCGUUAUUGAGCUCAGCAACGAAGAGUCUCCAUUUCCAGUCAUGUACUUCACCAGCGGCGCAGCAACAUUUGCUAAUCAGCUGUAUCAUACUUCCAUGAUGCUGAUACUAGCUCAUAAGCCAAAGACACUACAGCUUGAUCAACGACGGUCAUCAUCGUUAUCGCAACUGUGGCAUGUGCAAAGGAUAUGCGGUAUCUCCAUCAAUAAUAACCGAUGCGAAUGCUGGGAUCCAUGCCUCCUUGCAUCAUUCUAUCUGGGUGCUCGAAGAAUGACACACGAGAGCCAGCAAAGAGAAGUAUUGCUUGGAUUUAAGAACAUUAGUGCUUUGGGUUGGCGUGUUGAUAGUUUUGUUGGGCAGUUGAAGCAAGAGUGGCACCAUUUAGAGCUUCUGGGAGGGGAUUAG